AAGCUCUGCAUCUCUGUGAUCCAUGCCUCAGACUUCAGCAGUAAUCCUCUCCUUGCUUGGCAGAUGUAGGUCCAUGAGGAUUUAGCUGGGAUUAGGCAGUGCUAUCAUCACCCACUUCGCCUCAGAGCCGUUCUCCUUUCCUGGAAACAUUGGUCCAAGUGACACACUAUUCCCUAUAUAGUGGAAAACCUGUGGCAGCUUGUAUUUUAUUGUACCUUUUUUACACCCAAUGUCAAGGCCUCCAGUUGUAUUAAAAACAUGAUCUCAUCAGGAAAUCCCUGCCAACCAAGCAUCCCCCCACCUCACACCAGGCAAGUGGUAUUGUCGAGGUUUGAACCUAGACUGUGGUGGACACAUCAGAGCUGCCAUGUUUUAGACUGCUGAGCUUGUGUAAUACUUUUGACCGGGCCCCAAAUGGUGAGUGAAUAGACAUGAAAGGAUAUGAUGAAAUUGUGAAAGGGACACAUACAUUUUUAUUUAUGUGUGCAUGCGUGUAUAUUAAACAACAUUUAUUGACGCAAAUAUGGCAGAAAGGAAAACAAUAUAAAGCUAUGUAAGUUUUCCAGUUCUGCUCUAAAUAGACUUUCAUGAUUACAAUUCAAAUUCAAAGUUGGAUGCUAAUCAUUAUUUUAUUAUAAUUUUUUUUUUUUAUUGUCAUUACUGUUAAUUAUUAUUAUUUAAAAGUUUGUUCCCAACAUCAGUGAAACUGAAGCGUGAUGUCAGCUGAUGUCCUGAGUCUUGUUCUAAUCCCAGGAGGAGGCUAUCUGGCCCCGUAGAGUAGCCAAUAGGACCACAAUGGACCACAAUGCCCUGGGGCGUGGGUGUAGCUGUCUCUAUAGACCACAAUGCCCUGGGGCGUGGGUGUAGCUGUCUCUAUAGACCACAAUGCCCUGGGGCGUGGGUGUAGCUGUCUCUAUAGACCACAAUGCCCUGGGGCGUGGGUGUAGCUGUCUCUAUAGACCACAAUGCCCUGGGGCGUGGGUGUAGCUGUCUCUAUAGACCACAAUGCCCUGGGGCGUGGGUGUAGCUGUCUCUAUAGACCACAAUGCCCUGGGGCGUGGGUGUAGCUAUCUGUCUUCUUUCCGUCUUUCUAUCUUUAACUUUCUCUGUAUUCUGGCUCUCACUCCUCUCUCACUCAGGUCAGAGGGAGGAGAGGAGCGAGACGGGUGUGAGGAGGGGGGAGGUAAUAUGGUAGACCUAAGUAACGUGGUUAAUCCUAUCACUAUAUAGGUCUGACAGCGAAGAGGCUAUAUCAGUCACAGAUCUGAUGGACAACUGGUUUGUGAGAAUCUAGCCAAUCCUGAGCUGUAACCAUUUACUGGGGGUUUGUUCGCCUGAAACAAAACGGAAGUAAACGGGAAGCAAUGUAAGAGACCUUUUCCAUGGCAAAACAUUUCGCAGCUGUUCACCAAGGUGUGGUCUAAUGAAUACACCCCAGUUUAUAGCCAGCCGAUUGGCUGUCACAACCAACCAGAUUAUCCCUGGAGUCAAGUCAAGACAAAGCUGACGUGAUGCCAAUCCCCAAAUCCACCAAGAAAAAGAAAUCUAAGAAAGAGGCCAGUGAUGUCGAGGACGUAGAAGGCAGCCCACCAGAGCCCGGUACCGAGAUGGAGGGCCUGGCCACCCGAAGGCCCUCGGGGAGUACCCCUCUGACUCCAGAACCACAGGAGAUCCCACCACAGAAGAGGAAGAAGAAAAAGAAGGCCCACACACAAGACCUGGAGGAUCCAGAGUUGGUGAAUGGGGAGGGAGUGGAGCAGCACUCCGAUGGAGAGGAACCUGGAGUCACCCGGACCAAAACCAGGAGGAAGAAGAAGUCCAAGAUUGACAGGCAUUGCUCCAAUGACCUGGGAGUGGAGGACGAUGACAUAUUAUCCGGUCAGCACCCAGCUCUCCGCCAGCAUUCCAUGUUCUCUGCCCCUCUGGGCCACAGCCAGCCAAUAGGCAAGGUGUUCGUGGAGAGAAACCGGCGGUUCCAGCCGACGGAGCCGUCGAAGCACUGUACACACCUUUCUGACAACAUGGAGGACUACAUGGAGGUACGGCCCCUCUGGACCACCAGGGAUGUGGCCCUCAGAGUGCACAGUGGAUUCAGGGUGCUAGGUCUGUUCACCCAUGGCUUCCUGGCUGGCUACGCGGUGUGGAACACAGUGGUGGUGUACGUGUUAGCUGGGGAACAGUUCACCACCCUCCCCAACCUGCUCCAGCAGUACCACCCCCUGGCCUAUCCUGCCCAGUCACUGCUCUACCUGCUGCUGGCCAUCAGCACAGUGUCUGCCUUUGACAGAGUGAACCUGGCCAAAGCCUCCAUGGCUCUAAGAGGGUUUCUGACCCUGGAUCCAGCCGCAUUGGCCUCCUUCUUGUAUUUCACAGCCCUCAUCCUGUCUCUGAGUCAGCAGAUGACCAGUGAUCGGAUCAACCUGUACCCCACAGCCAACGAGACCCUGUGGCCGCCGGGUUCAGAGCACCAGAUCCUUCAGCCUUGGAUAGUGGUCAACCUGGUCAUAGCUCUGUUGGUGGGCCUGGCCUGGGCCUUCGUCUCCACACGGCCAGAAAUGGAUUACACUGAGGAAUUCCUGAUGGCGAUGGAAGUGGAAGACCGAUACCCAAGACAUGAAGAGAAACUAGAUCUUCCCGCCUGAAUCACUGUUGGUAGUUAUGUUCUGGUUGAAGUCAUCAUGAGCUGUAAAGAAAGUGUGUUCUUAUUUUUUUUACUGUACUGUACAUGUUAUUAUAGAUAUUAUUUCAAUUAUACAAUGUAAUGUUCUGAAACAUUAAAAAUCUUAUAAUACUA